UCUCCGUUUCCACGUUCCACUCCGGCCUAAUCUCAUCCAGACGAUACUACUUCGAGAUCCUUCACAAGCAGGAUGACAAGGGCUCGGAUCACGUGGAGGUUGGGUGGCGUCCGUUCCUGCCUGGUCUGAAGUAUGAAGUGAUCGACUCGGCCUACAUCUCCCUGUACACAGACGAGUCGGAUCUGAAGAUGAACAGCGUGGACCACAUCCCCCAGACCGUGGCCAGUCACGGCCGCCUCCCCGCGGAGGCUCGGCCCCGGAGCCUGCGGGGGGGAGGCGGCGCCACGCAGCACGGCGCGGACAUGCUGAAGCCGGACCCCAGGGACACCUUCUACAGCACUCCAAUGAUCGACCGCUCCCGACUGGAAAAUGUUCUGCCGGCAUGCCUCUACUCCCCAACAUACGUCGUCAAAGAUUUUCCCAUCGCCCGAUACCAGGGUCUGCAAUUUGUCUAUCUGUCCUUCGUCUACCCCAAUGACUUCACACGUCUCACCCACAUGGAGCGAGAGAACAAGUGUUUCUACAGAGAGUCCCCUAUCUAUUUGGAGAAGUUUGGGUUCUACAAAUACAUGAAGAUGGAUGAGGAGGAAGAUGACAGGCCCUUCUUCUUCCCAAAUCCAGAUGAUUUCUUAGACGAAGAGGAGAUGGUAGAUGUAGAGGACGAGGAAGAGAUUGUUGGCACACAGUCGGCCAAGAAGCCCUCUCAUCCCAGCCAGACCAGCCGCACCUCCUACCCCUCCCAUCAGCACUCGAAGCCUGCGCCAACGCCGGCUGCUAGAGAGGGGCGAGAAGAGGAGGUGGACCCAGAUGAAGAGGAGGAGGGAGCAGUUAACAGCAUCACACACAGAAGAGAAAAGAGACAUUUUCCUCACAGAGAUGCGCAGGCGGGAAGGGAUGUGGAUAGAGACUGGGGGAGAGAUCGCACAAACACGGGACAGGACGCCGGGAAGGGGCUUGAAGAGAACCCUGCCGGGCUGCUCCAGCCCGACAAGGACGGUGUGGUCCGCGGCCGCUCCCUGACCUGGAUCCGCACCGGUCCUGCGGAGUUGAGCCCUGGCAGGAAAGGAGGGGCAACCGGAGGAGAGAAAGGACCUGAAACACUGGCCAAACUGAGCAAGUCCUCGCUCCUCUUCCCCCAAAAGUCCUCCCUUUCUGCCCUUGCCAGCCGAGCCAAGCAGAUCCUCAGCAACUCCGCCCACAGCAACAACCGCCAUGACAACAAGAGGCUGGCCGGAAACAAGGAGAAGAGGGAGGAGAACAAGAUCUACAUCACCAGGCCUCGACCUGCCAAGGAGAGGGAGAAGGACAGGGAGAGGGAGCAGCGACGCGAGAGGAGGGAGGAGAGGGCUUCCCGCCACCCUAGAGAGGUCUUCCCGGGGGUCUUUCUGUACCAAACCGGCAAGACCACAAGGCUGGUUAACCUGGGGUCCAAACAAGGGCGCGUAACAAGAAGUAGAAGUCUUGUUAGUGCCCCUCGGCAUUGGCCCAACACCCCCCCAAAAGAGGGCAAGACAUUAACCCACAAUGGAAGCAUCAACAUGCAGGAUGAAGGUCCACACAAGUCUGACAGCAGGGCAGCAGGAGCAAAGCUACCGGAGAAUAGCAAGAGGAAAGGGGAGCGCCGGGGCUUAAAGGUUACGGCCGCGGCUGAUGUUGCUAGUAAAGGUGAAACCCCUCCGUCCCAUCACCAAGAGCCCCCUCCAGUAAACGCCACAGAAAACACACUCCUAGGUCAAACACGGGUCACCUCUUACCUCAGGACAUCCGAAAUCACAGAGUCCCAUCAGCAGCCGUUACCGGACGCCAACCCGCCAGAACUCGCCAACCCGGACACAAGCCGCUCUAAUCCCGAGCCUGACCCCGAGCCGGAACCAGAACCAGAACCCGAGGAGGGCGAGAUGUCGGAAUACAGCUACGAGGAGGUGGAGGCUCGGCCGGGUUGGGCCGAGGAGAGCAUCAACUGGCAGAGGACCUUCUCGGUCAAUCCCAUGGACUUUGAGCUGCUGCGCUCCGACUGGAAUGACCUGCGCUGCAACGUGUCGGGCAACCUCCAGCUGGCGGAGAGCGAGGUGGUGGACGUGCUGGCGCAGUACAUGGAGAAGCUCAACGAGCGCAAUGGAGGAAUCUACACCCUGCUGCGAAUAGUCAACGUUGAGAAGCGGCGCGACUCGGCGAGAGGGAACCGCUACCUCGUGGAGCUGGAGCUGAUGGAGAGAGGCCGCAGCGUGGUGCGUCUGUCGGAGUACAUUUACCUGCUGCUGCAUCGCGGCAGGCAAGGCGAGGAGAGUCUCGAGAACACCGACUUUGCUCCGGCCUCGGCGCCGGCUCCGGCCCCGUCGGCCGCCACGUCCAGCCUCGACACGCCGCCGCCCCCGCCCUCCGCCAGGUCGCUGGUACGGCCCGCGGCGACCGCCUGGAGCACCGCCUAUGCCAAGCCUCUCCUCUGCCAGCCGGUCAUGCUGCAGUGGAGGAAAGAUGUCAUGGUGCACUUUGUGGUGCCCGUGAAAAACCAGGCUCGCUGGGUACAACAGUUCAUCUCUGACAUGGAGAACCUUCAUCACCAGACAAAGGAUGACAAUUUCAACAUCAUAAUUGUCGACUUUGAGAGUGAAGACAUGGACGUGGAGCAGGCACUAAGAGAGAGCACUGUACCAAGAUACGAGUAUCUAAGGAGAGAAGGGAACUUUGAGCGCUCAGCAGGACUGCAGAUCGGAGUGGACACCAUUGAGGAUAGUCACAGCAUUGUGUUCCUGUGUGAUCUGCACAUCCACUUCCCUCUCAACAUCUUGGAGAGCAUCAGGAAGCACUGCGUGGAGGGACGCCUCGCUUUCGCUCCCAUCGUCAUGAGACUCGGCUGCGGCAGCUCACCACAGGAGCCUGAUGGUUACUGGGAGGUGAACGGCUUUGGCCUGUUUGGAAUCUACAAGUCUGAUUUUGAGAAGAUUGGAGGAAUGAACACGGAGGAAUUCAAAGACCGCUGGGGUGGAGAGGACUGGGAGCUGCUGGACAGGGUACUGCAGAACGGUUUAGAGGUAGAGAGACUGCGUUUGAGGAACUUCUUCCACUACUACCACUCCAAACGGGGCAUGUGGAAUGCGCAGAAUAAGAAAACUCCGAAGGGAUAGCGCCCCCUUCUGGCGUGAGGAUUCUGAAUCUACCUGCAGAUCCACAACGUGUGAGAGAGCGAGGGACCCGUAGGAGCUCGCUCACUGCCUGAACUCCUUUCAGGGAUGCCUUUGCUUCUCCAUCAGCUCCUCUUGUAAACUUGUAAACCCACGAGGAAACAAGGAGUCUAAAUCUGAACUUUAAAAGCCGGCCGUUUACGCAGAUCGACCUGAGUCGUCACUUCAGCCUCACUGACUGAACUACUGUACAGAGAGAAGUAUUGUUCUUCUGCUUCUCUCUGUCCUUUUUUUGGUGCAAUGUUUUCAGACAGACUGGAAAAUAGCUGUGUGUGUGUAUAUAUAUAUAUAUAUAUACAUACAUAUAGUUGUAUGUGAGUGUGUCGCCGCUUGCGUGUGCUUAAGAUGACAGAAAGCACCUUUUUUCUAACCAGGAGAUGUGAUGGCAACCUAAGAUCUUUUUUUCUAACACGCUCUCUCGUGAGGGCCCAAUAGAAUGUGUGUCGACGUGUUACUCAAAUACAUCCGGACGCGGUGGAGUAGGUUUCCGUCGUAGACGAACUGUGUCUUUGGUAAAAUAGUUUCUAAAUACAUCAACCUCUACCUGUUGGAUAGAAUUAUGACCAAGGUGCUGCAUUCUCCUGAUAUUGACAAAGAAAAGUUGUGGAUCAGAAAAGCCCCUCAAAAGGAUGAUGACAGAUUUGUCAUCUUUAUAUCUAUUUCUGUCCCUUUAUCCCUCCGUAUUCUUUUUUUUAUCUACAACUCAUUGCAGCCCUCUUUCUGUUUCAAUGUCAUGCAAAUUUGUGUAUUUGCGUUUUAUGUUCUACACCUAGCUAUCGGAUACAAUUGAUUCAAUUUUGUUUCGUUAACUUCGUUAAUAAUUGAUAUCAUUUUCUGCUAUUAUUAUUUCGGUAUUUGUCCUCACUGAGUCUGGACGCACUAACAUUUGGGGUGCUAUUUCCUGUUCUAAAACACUGAAUUUGUAAACGGUUUACCUAUUUCAACUCUACUGACAGAAUCCUUCAUUCCCUCCACGUGUUUAACCUCAUUGUCACUGGAACAUAAAACUUUAUUAGGAGAACAGCAGCGGCAGCUUUUGGCAUUACAUUUCACAUUGUCACGCACGCUAUCUUUUUCUCAUGUUAAAGAAAUAGCACAGAGACGGGGGAUGCUUAGCUACGGAGAAACAUUUACAUUUACUCUGCUUUAAAGCUUGUAUGAAGCUCAAACAGAAGCGGGAUCGGUUCAUGUGUUGGGACACAAGGUGGCAAGGCAUGGUGGUUUCACAAAUGUGUGCCUUUAUCAGGGUUUGGCUGCAGGCAGUUUUUAAACUACUUUAAUGACAGAAGAGGGCAGCGACAGACGGGAAUCAUUGAGGUUAUUUAUUAGCAGGCUGUAAUGUCAUUGUAAAUUCAGAUAAACUCUAAAAGAAGGAAACACGGUUCUCUUCAGCGGAUUACAAAGACGCGUCGGUGUGUUUUUGUGGAAUUACCUUAGAAGCAGGAAGGAGGGGUCUAUCAAGCCAGUUGCCCUUUUGGUGAGAUAUGCGGACAUGGUACUUGACUACUGAGUGAAAUCCGGAGGUGUGAUGGAGACUCACUGGCAGCUGCACUUCAGCGGGACCCCACCUGCUCCCAUUCGUUUUGGCCGGAGGCCGGGCCCCUAAUGCCUCUGUUUAUGCAACACGGUACUUCUAUUGAUGGAGAGUGGCUUGAGGGCUCAAGGCUGGACACACAUAUGGAGGAAAGUUAAUGAUCUGUUGUUGACUAUAUGAUUGUCAAAAUGCCCUCCAAGACCCUUUCUUUGCCUCUACAGGAAGAGUCUACUGUACGUCAUUUAACAUUGACAUGGGACUAUUUAAAGAAUCACAUUAAAUAUAUAUGUAUAUAUAUAUAUAUAUGUAUGUAUAUGUAUAUAUAUGUAUGUAUAUGUAUAUGUAUAUAUUAAAUAUACAUAUGUGUACAUAUAUUUAUGAAACAUAACAUAACAUGGAAAAUAGGAAUAUACAUUCCAAGGUAAUUUCUGUGAAAUUGUUUUGUAGAGAAAAGGUUUUAAGAAUGUAUUGUAAUUUUUAUUUUAAUUUGUUGGGGUUUUUUGCAAAUAAAAUUUUAUGCUUACGUCCA